UGCGGUCACACUGAUUGUGAUCAAACUACAAUUUAACCAGUCUUGCAAAGAUUUGUGAAUUUAUCUUGUUUUUGACUAGUUGUAAAUAAAAUGGCAGCACGGGGUUUGUUGCUGAUGGGCCAAUGCAUGCCCUGCAUAAAACAGAAUGCCUCCAAAAUACGCAUACGUCGCAUGGAGCUGGACAAAAACCUGAACAUGUACUUUAAAAAGGAUACGUUCUUCUUUGCCCACGAUCCAAAAAAGCUGUGCAAAACGGGCGAUGUGGUGCUGAUACGUGAGCUGCCCGAGCGCAUGACCCGCCUCAUCACACACAAUGUGGAAAAAGUCGUCUAUCCACUCGGUGACAUAACCGAUCCGAUUACGGGCAAGAAAGUUGUGGUCGGCAAAUACCGCGAGGACAUCGAGAUGGCCAAUCAGCUGUUUGGCAAGUCAGCGAAGGGCUUUGACUAUGAGAAGGCGCCGCCACGUGGUCGCCUCGAGGGCAGCAAGGACUUUACGCACGGCGAGACAUACAUUAAAUACCAUGAGGAUGGCAAGGAUCAGCCCUUUGCCGUGUAGCCUUGAAAUUAGCUAAUAAAUGUUGAUUUAAGUUAAAAAAAAAAACAAAAAAAGUUAAUUUUACUAAA